AGGGGGCCGCCACCUGGGCCGGGCCUAGCCUUAGGCGCCGCCGCCCCGCCCUUAGCCCGCCCAGCCCGGCCCGAGGGGAGGAACCGGCCCGGCCUCCCCGCUCGCCCCAGAGCCACCUCUGGAGUCGCAGCUACUGCCCUCCGCGCGCCGGACCAGAGGCUACCCCUCGCCCCUCAGGCAGACGCCAUGAAGAUCAAGGAUGCCAAGAAAUCCUCUUUCCCAUGGUUUGGCAUGGACAUCGGUGGAACUCUGGUAAAGCUAUCAUAUUUUGAACCUAUUGAUAUCACAGCAGAGGAAGAACAAGAAGAAGUUGAGAGCUUAAAAAGUAUCCGGAAAUAUUUGACUUCUAAUGUAGCAUAUGGAUCCACUGGUAUUCGGGAUGUACACCUUGAACUGAAAGAUUUAACACUUUUUGGCCGGAGAGGGAACUUGCACUUUAUCAGAUUUCCAACCCAGGACCUGCCUACUUUUAUACAAAUGGGAAGAGAUAAAAACUUCUCAACAUUACACACGGUGCUAUGUGCUACAGGAGGUGGUGCUUACAAGUUUGAAAAAGAUUUUCGCACAAUUGGAAACCUCCACCUGCACAAGCUGGAUGAACUUGACUGCCUUGUGAAGGGCUUGCUGUAUAUAGAUUCUGUCAGUUUCAAUGGACAAGCAGAGUGCUAUUAUUUUGCCAAUGCCUCAGAACCUGAGAGGUGCCAAAAGAUGCCUUUUAACCUGGAUGAUCCCUAUCCGCUCCUGGUAGUGAACAUUGGUUCGGGAGUCAGUAUUUUAGCAGUCCAUUCCAAAGACAGCUAUAAACGAGUAACCGGAACAAGCCUUGGAGGGGGUACCUUUCUGGGUUUAUGUAGCUUGUUGACUGGCUGUGAAAGUUUUGAAGAGGCUCUUGAAAUGGCGUCAAAGAAAAUAAACCGAGUUGUCUUUGUUGGAAACUUUUUGCGUGUCAAUACUCUCUCAAUGAAACUUUUGGCAUAUGCACUGGAUUAUUGGUCAAAAGGUCAGCUGAAAGCAUUAUUUCUGGAGCAUGAGGGAUAUUUUGGAGCGGUCGGUGCACUUCUUGGUCUGCCAAAUUUCAGCUAAAGUAUCAGGUUUAUCUCUGCUAAUGUCAUUCAAGAGGAACUGAAAACCAGAGGCAUUAUUACUGAGUUAUUUUUCACUGGGAACCAAAGGAUAAAAGAGUAGCACUCUUCCUGUUGAUUUUUAAAUGUCAGAAUGGUAAGCUGCUAAAUGUUGCCAUGUUAUAAAGAGAGCUCCAGUAACAUGAAAUAUUUCUAAUUGGAUUGCUUUUCUUUCUGUAUAUAGCCAGUGUUAAAUCCUUAAAUGCAAUACAGCCUCUGAUGAUUGAGCUUCCUCUCAAAAAGACUUUAUUUUAUGUAGCCAGCAUUGCAGUCCUGUAUGUUCAAAGAUGAAUCUUAAAGUCUCAGAAAUGUUUCGCUCAUGAAAAUAAUUGAUUCUGAAUGUUUGUUACAAGUCUGUUCUGUGUGUGUGUUGGUUGCUAAUACAUGGAUAGUAACAUACCAGUGUGGAAACUUAUUGAAAUGGCAAUUAAAGAUGAUCGUUUUUAUGUGAUUUUAGAAAUGUUAAGGAAAUAUUAAUUAUUCAUUAUUGUUUUCCAGACAUAUCUUCUCCCAAAAAGUGUGUUUAUGUGAUCUACCCCCAGAAGUAUAACCUCUUUCAAAUGCCAUAAUUUAAUUGAAAUACUGUUGUUAAACAUUACCUGGAAUUUCAGAGUGAACCCUAGGAAAUGCACAUAAUUGGCGAUACUGCAUUUUUUGUAUUUUGAGUUUAUCAGUACAUUUUAAAAUGUUUUUUAAUUGGAGGCUUAAUUACUUACUUGAAAAUCUGUUUGUUGAGGUUCCAGGAUGAUUCAAAUGGGGUGUAGUUUAUGUGUAUUGGUAGGGUUUUGUUCUCUUUCUACACCACAUCUAUCUUAGGCCCAGAGUUAGUUAGCCAUUUCUAUUUAAUUAGUUCUGAAGCAUCAAAGCUAAAGACUUUCUUUUAUGAACAGCAACAAAACAUUUAUUCUAAACGGAUGUUAUGGAAAUCUAAAGGACAAAUGGUUUUGAAACUGGGAAUCUUGAGGCAUUAUUGCAGAAUUAUGAAAGGAUCAUUGUAUAUUCUGGUAAUAAA